GUUGCCCACUUCUUCCUUGUAGGCUUGCAGCGUUUUCAUUGCUUUGUUUUUGGUCUCCUUCUUCUCAGACUCUCAGCCUCUGUGUAUUGCUUUGGCUUUUGUUUUCCUUUUUUUUUUUCCUCUCUUUCAACGGCAAAUCCUGGGAUAAAAAAUAAGAAAAAUAGAGAUCUUUGGUUCUGGGUUUUGUGUUUUGCUUUAAGAUAUGAUAUGGGAAAGAGAGCAUAUGUUAAUGGAGGAAUGAGGUUUGAGAAGAAUGAGUGACUGAGAGACUGAGGGGAGGAUCGAAUUUCUGAACCAGUGGGAGUGAACCUAACAACACCAAAAUAUAUAAAAAGCCUAAAAUGAUGAGAUAUCAGAGAGUAAGCCCAGAUUGUCUUCCCCUAAGCAAUGGGAAAAAACCAAGCAUGAGAACACUAUGCAAAGAAGAUGGAGCCACAGAGAAUAAUGGGAAAAUGAUCCAAACAAACGGGAAUAACACAUCUUCUUCUUCUUCUCUGGAAGCCAAAGCAUUCAGAUUCAGAUCCCCAGCUAGAAAUCAAGACCACCACCACAGCCUAAACCAGUUUGGAGGUGGUGUAUCUGAUAUCAAUAAUCAUCUCCACCACUCACACCACGAAAAUAACUCGAACACCCACCAAAGCCAGAGGCAAGAGAGCAGUCCCAGUCCCACACCAAGCCCAAGCCAUGGCAGUGGAGAUGUGCUUUUGCAGUGGGGACACAAAAAGAGGUCCAGGGUCUCAAGGACCGAGAUCCGAGCACUGACCGAUGAGUCUUCAUCAUCGGCUCAAGCAAGGCAAGGCGUUAAGCUGCAGAGGAGAGUGGUCCAUUCAUCUUCUUCAUCAGAGAAGUUGUCUGCCAACUCUACCAUGCCACCACCGCCGCCGCCGCCACCGGUUCCUUCGAUAUCGUCGUCAUCUAACGGCAGAGCCAGAAAGGAAACCUCUGGGUUGCUUCCUAGCAGGAACUUGGAAGAUCGAGGCGGUGCCGGAAACGGGUCGCCUUUGAGAAACAACGGAGGCGGUAGCAGUAGCCGGAUUGUGUCUAGAUCUGCAUCAGCAGCAGCAGCAGCAGCAGGGAAACGAUCUCCACCAAGUCCACCUGAUAAUAAAAAUGAGAAAAAGGUAUUGGGUUGUUCAGGAAAAUCUGGAAAAGAAGACAAGGCAAAUGGAUCAUCAGUGCAAGGUGGUGAUAGAGUGAAUCAUGUUGACUCUUCAUCAUUGCAAUCAGAACAAGAAGCAGCAGCUGCAGCUAAUACCACUACUCCUACUAAUAUUGCUCCUUCAGCUGCCGCUGUAGGGGGAGAUAAAGUUAACAGCUUUGAAGUGAUUGAGUGGCCAAGAAUUUUUGUUUCCCUUUCAAGGAAAGAGAAAGAAGAUGAUUUCCUUGCAAUGAAAGGCACAAAGCUUCCUCAGAGACCCAAGAAAAGAGCCAAGAAUAUUGAUAGAACUCUUCAGUAUUGUUUUCCAGGGAUGUGGCUAUCUGACUUGACAAGGAAUCGCUAUGAGGUUAGGGAGAAGAAAUGUGUGAAGAAGCAAAAGAGAAGGGGAUUGAAGGGAAUGGAAAGCAUAGAGAGUGAUUCUGAAUAGUGUAUAAUUAAUUACUCGUUAUAUUUUUGUAAAUCCAGGAGAGGCAAGGCAAAAGAAAAAAUAAUUUAAAAAAAAAAGUGAGAGGAAGAAGAAGAGGGUGUAAAGGGUAGUAGUGGGUGGGAGUGGGAUCCACCACACCAAAGACAUUUUGAAUACCCACACCAUACCACUCUCUCUUUUCUUCGCCUAAAAAAGUUUUUAUCAUUUUGAUUUUUGAGGACACAGACUAAGACUGAGAGAGAGAGAGAGAGAGAGAGAGAGAGAGAGGCUUAUAAUGAUGGGAAGAGGCCAGCGUGUUGGUGUAUUUGUGUGUUUGAAUCUGAGAAAGAAGGAGAUUGGAGGAUGUGGUUCCCACUUCAUGUUUUGACACGUGCGCAAGCGCUUGGCAGCAUGACUCAUGUGCGGCCCAACCAGAAGAACCAGACUUGAUACAG